UCCGCGCUUUCGAUUUUAAAGGCUCAGAGGAGGGGGCGCACUCAGUCCGCCAGUGGAAGGAGCAGCCGCGCGUGCCGGAGGGUCUGGAGCCCGCAGGCCCCCCGCUCCCCCGGCUGGGUUGCGUCUGCGUCCCUCUCUCCCCUCGGCCCUGUCCCCCCGCUUCGGCUCACACCUGCUCCCCCUACUCCCAUCCCCGACCCCGCCGAGUCCCGCGCGCACGCGCGGCGGUGGGCGGCGAGCAUCGCCCGACCCAGCGCACGUCCCUGAGCCUAGUGCCGAGCCCGGAAACCAAGGGGAAGUUCACGGACCCUGGGACCCUAAGCUUUCAGAUUGAAAGGAGGAAUUUGCCAAAUUUUCUGGAGCGGGAAUACACCCUGAGCCUCGCAGCGGAAGUCCGCAGCCGCGGUGAAUCGGACUCGGCAAUCUAGGCUGGCUGCAGGCCAAUCGGGGAGAGUGGGAAAAGGAAGACACCGUCUCUGGAAAAACCUGAGCCUUACUAAGUUUCACCUUCUGCUAAUUUUGGUUUUCACGACACCUUUAGCAAGACCUGUUGCUUAAGCAGGUCAGAUUCUGGUGCACAUCAUGUCUAAUUUCGAAGAUGCUGACACUGAAGAGACAGUAACUUGUCUCCAGAUGACUGUUUACCAUCCUGGCCACCAGCGAAGUGGAAUAUUCCAAUCAAUAAGGUUUUUUAACCGAGAGAAACUCCCCUCCAGCGAAGUGGUGAAAUUUGGCCGGAAUUCCAAUGCCUGUCAUUAUACCUUUCAGGACAAACAGGUUUCCCGAGUACAGUUUUCUCUGCAGCUGUUUAAGAAGUUUGAUAGCUCAGUUCUCUCUUUUGAAAUUAAAAAUAUGAGUAAGAAGACCAGUCUGAUUGUGGACAACAAGGAGCUGGGCUACCUAAAUAAAAUGGACCUGCCACACAAAUGCAUGGUUCGGUUUGGCGACUAUCAGUUCCUGAUGGAGAAGGACAAUGGAGAGUCAUUAGAAUUUUUUGAGAUUCAAUUUUCUUUGUCUACCAGACCACUCUUGCAAGAAAACAACUGGCUACCACAGAAGCCCAUACCUGAGUGUGGCAAUUAUUCAUCCUGUUCCACCCCAAACAAUUCUCCUAUAGAAAUGGGUGAAAAUGAAUGGUAAACGCAGAGGGCUAAGAGAAUCAUGGAGGAUGAAGAACUCUGUAGACACUUUAUAGACAUUCCACUUAAUAAGAAUUUCUUAGUUUAGUAUGUUACUGUCAUCUGUUAUGAAAUCUGGUGUUAUCAUUUGAAGUCUGUAACUUGUAUUAGUCAUUGAUUUAGUGACCUGUUGCAUUUCUGGAUGUGUGAAGAAUUACUGUAAGUGUAUAUCUGUGAGCAUCAGUGUGCAAGAAGUAUCCUUUGUGAUGAAGGAAUAGUGUUCUCAAAAUAAGGUUAUGUUGUUUUCUUUUUAUGCCUGAUUUUUGGUCCUGUGUUUUAUAUUGUCUCCUUUUGAUUUGUAAGUUAUCAUCUCUUGGUUUAGUCAUGUUAUUUCACAGCAGCCAUUUAUUUUUAAGGUCAGGGCUACAAGCAAGUUAUUAUGGGUGUUGUAGCCUAUUGGUACUUGUAGUACCAGCAUAUUGGAACAGAGCAUAAAAUGUUUUAGCGCGUCAUUGUGGUUUUAAUAUGGGAAACUUAUUGGAGCAAUAAUACGUUGAUUUUCUGUUUUUUUCUCUAUACAAUUAUACUGUUUAUUCCCAGGAAUACAGUUCUCCUUGUCUAUACUCAGUAUUUAAAACCAAUAUUUUAAACAUUUUAACGAACCACUGUGUUUAGAAUUCUUUUCCUUUUUCUUUUGUUUUUGUUUUUUCUUUUUCUUGGCCAUGCCACGUUUCUUGUGGGAUCUUAGUUCCCUGACCAGGGAUUGAAUCCGGGCUCCUGGCAGUGAAAGUGCUGAGUCCUAACCACUGCACCCCCAGGGGUUCCCAAUUUUUCAUUUUUCUUACCAAAUUUUAAAUAGUUUUUUAUGCAUGGCAGUUUUAAAUUGCAUGAAUUCAAAAUUUUAACAGCAUCCACGUACACAAUAAAGUCAAAGUUUAAUUCUCUAGCCAUUUUCCUUGAAACUCUUUCUGAAGAAAGGAAAGAACUGUUUUUAGACUACUCUAAGGGGGACUGAGUAGCUGCAGGCAGAGGCUGUGGCUGGGGAUUCAGACACAGCCAGCUGUGCCCCUCAGUGCGUACUGGCUCCGUCCUCCAUUUGUUCCUCAACCCACAUAGAGGCACAAGGCCACCAGUAGCACUCAAGUGUUAUAUGUGCUUGAUCAGCCACCCAAAGAGAACCUUACCUCCCAAUUCCAGUCCAAGAGAAGGGUCCGCUUGGGUCAGGUGCCCACGCGUCUACCAAUCAACUCAGUGACCAUGUGGAUAAGAAAAGCAUUUUCUCAAAAAAUGGCCACAGUGGGAUGGGGUUGAGAGCAAACAAAAUGUUGAUGUUUGAUACUAGGUACUGCAGCUAAGUUGUGAAACUUUCAGUUCACCUCUGAAGGACUCAUUUGUCCCAGGAAACUGAUUUUUAUUUUGGGCUCUUUAAGUAGAGGGGUGCAUUAAUCGGUGCCAGUGUUACAGUCAUAGGCAGCCUCUUCUUGAACCUGCAACUUCAUGACAAGGGGGUGCUUUCCAAUGGUGAAAUCUCAUAUGCCAUAUGAUUAUAUAGCCAUAUUCUGGAGGAUUUUGUCUCUACUGUCUACUGCAUUGACUGACUUGAAGAAGCAUUACUUUUAGGCUCUAACAUGAGGGUAGUAUUAGUUUUAAUACGUGUAGAAAAAUUAGCUAUAAUCUUAUUACUAGGAGAUAACUAUUGUUACUAUUUUGUGUGUAUAUAUUUGGUAGGUGCUUCCAUGUUAUCUCAUGGCCCUUUUAGCUUUUUCAGAUCUCUAACACUUGUUUAAUUCCUUAUAGUAAUAGUUAUCUGUUAAAAUAACAGGUGUGGUUACUAUUUUACCAUCUGGACCCUGACUGAAACAAUUAGAUCUUUCAUUUCAGGUGAUGAUCAAGGAAGAGCUUGGAAAACUGAGGUUGGAAUCUACUGGGUUUCUAGUUGGUACAAGUUGUCCAUAAGUCCAAUCACUCGUCAUUCUAGUAUUCGACCUACAUGAAAAUAUUUAUUUGGCCAAGUUUCUCUUUAAGCAGUGCAUUUAGCACAGGGACAUUGGUGAAAAGAAAAGGAAAGCAGUGGUUUUAGUUCUGUUGCUGGUUUCAGCAUUUUGUUGCUGGUGCAGGGCCCCUGAGGGACUAGAGAUGAGCCUGUCUGGCAGUGCUUACUAGCGUCUUCACAAAAGAGAUCAUCGUGAGAUGCAAGGGAACACAGCAGCUUUCUUAAUACUGUUAGUGGAAUCAUUUCUCAAAAGCCUAAACCAAGGUAGUAACAUUUUAAAACAGGAAACUUCUGAGGUUACACAGUCAAGAUAAGGUGUGACAUAGGAAUUCCCUGGUGGUCCAGUGGUUAGGACUCCAUGCUUGCACUGCCGGUUGAGUCCCUGGUCAGGGAACUAAGAUCCCCACAAGCCGCACGGCAGCAUGGCCAAAAAAAAAAAAGUAUGACAGUGGAACUUCACCUUAGGUCAAAGUGCCUUUUUACAAUAAUAUCAUUUUUGAUAUCUUAAAACAAUUUUUCAAUUAUCCAAAGUUAAUUUAGAUAGACUAAACAGUUAAAAAAAACACAAAAAACCUCCAAACUUCAAAAAACCCUCAAAAACAAUUCUGCUGUAUAAUUCCUUUAGAAAGGAAGUAUGUAUGGUGUUGACCAUAGGCUCUGAAUCAUACUGCCUGGAUUUAGCUACCAUUUCCUGUGUAAUUUGUCAUAAACUCUGAGUUUCAGUUUCCCCUUCUGAAAAACAGGGAUUAAAACAAUGCCUCCCUCAAAGGGUUUCUGUGAAAAUCAACUGAGCUAAAGUAUGUAGAAACCUUACCACUGUGUUACACAUAGUACAUUAUUAUGAACAGCACUGAGCACAAGUAGGUCCUUAUAUUUAAUGGUCACAUAUAAAAGAUUUAUUACUUACUUCUGGGUGUCAGAAAAAAAACUCCGUUAAUUUGUAAUAUUAACAAAAAUCCAUGACAAUUUAUUGGGUUGGCCAAAAAGUUCACUUGGGUUUUCCCAUAUGAGGUCACAAUAUCACUUUUUCCAAUUUAAUUUCAUUCUCAGCUUUAAUGUUUCCUGAGGAUAAGAAUCAGACACUGGAAAUCUGUGUUUUACACUGGAUGAUUCUUUUGUGACCUUCUUUACUGUCAGAUAAUCAGUUACUAAGUAAACAAAGAUGGGAGAACAUAAAUAUAUUUGAUAUACAAUCUUUUUUAGAUGCCUGUGUUCUAAAAUUAUGAUUAGAACACCUUUACAUAAUUAAAGUAAAAUGAAAAUUCUAACUUCAACUAAAAAGAUGUAUUUCUGUAAUUACUGGGGAAAAAAGUAGGCUUAAUUCCUGGUUAUACCAUUUUAAAAAUUCUAGCAUCUUAAAUAAAAACCCUCACACAACUCCACAUACCCUCCAGUUACCCCAUUUCUCUGCUCUGACAGCAACUUUUCAAAUAAAUUGUCUACACUGGCCGUUGUUUAUUCUUCACCCCUUAUAAGAUACUUCUCAGUUUCCAUCCCUUCAUUUGAAAAAAUAACAUGCAACAAUAUGCAUGUUCCCAAACCCAGCUGAUGCACCUGUCCUUUUCUUUCAGUGCCCAAGUAGCAUUUGAUGUCAUUGACUCUUUUUCUGGCUCUGGGGACACCACAUUCUUUGGUUCCUCAAGUUCCUCCCGUAUCUGUUUCUUUUGGCCCAUUCUCUCCCCUGACUUCUAAAAGUCAACAUGUAGUUGGGCUUCUCUGCCUAUCUGCUUCCUCGGGGGUCUCAGCUGGAAUAAUGACUUAAAUUACUAUUUAGCUACUGCUGACUCCUUAACUUGUACCUAUUCUUCUCUGAGCUGCAGACAUAUAUCCCAUCACCUACUUGAUAGACAUCUUCAUUCAGAUUUUUUAUAAAUGCCUCAAAUUUAACUUCCCAAAACAGAACUCUGAAUUUCCUCUAAUUUCCCAAACCGGUUCCUCCCACUACAUUUAUUAAGUCAGAAACCAAGAAGUUAUUAUCAAGAGUAGCUAGAGCUGCUAGUUUGGCUGUCAUCCUUCUGUAGAUUUGGCCAAUAGGGAGACAAUGAGCUCAAAUAGAUUUAGUUUAUCACUUAGACAGCAAAAGCAAGACCAGCGUGGAGUCAAUGUCCUGUAUCCCUGGUCGCUAGGGAUGUCCGUAGCUGACACUGAAUCAGGGGAGGCAGAUGACAGAUGCCUCAAGUGGAGGAUAGCUCUAUUACUGAGGCGUCUCUAAAUUCCAACCAAGCAGUUUUAUUAGCCUACAUCUGUACCUGAAUGUGGGUGAGGUGGAAAUCCCAUGCCUCACUGGAACCAGGGAGUGGGAUCAGAACUUGCCUCACGGCAGCCUUCUUCAAGAUAGGGAGGCAGAUGAUAAACAGCCUUGCAAUGGCCCUUUUAAGACUGCCUAUCUUGCCAUGUUCCAGGGAGAAUCAUGGGGCUUUCUGUUAAGACUUGGGUCAGACUACGGCUGAGCGUCGGCUAUGUGGAUACGCAAAGUGAGCAAGGUCGCCAGGGCACCACACUGAAUGCAUUACCCUACGGUUAAUGGGCAGAGGAUCUGAAGAUGUUAUUCCAAGGAAGACACUGUUGGCUAACAGGCCAUAAAAAGAUGCUCAACAUCACUAAUCAUUAGGGAAUGCAAGUCAAAACCACAAUGAGGUAUCACCUCACAUCUGUCAGAAUGGCUAUUAUCAAAAAGACAGCAAAUAAGUGUUGGCAAGGGUGUAUAGAAAAGGGCACUGUUGUGCACUGUUGGUGGCAAUGUAAACUGGUGCAGCUACUAUGGAAAACAGUAUGGAGAUUCCUCAAAAAAUUAAAAAUAGAAUGAUCAUGUGAUUCAUCAGUUCCACUCCUGGAUAUUUACCUGAAGAAAACAAAAACACUAAUUAGAAAAGAUAUAUACACCACAAUGCUCAAUGCAGUAUUACUUACAAUAGCAGAGAUAUGAAAGCACCCAACGUGCCCAUCAGUAGAUGAAUGGAUAAAGAUGUUGUGUGUGUGCAUGUGUGUGAAUAUUACUCAGCCAUUUGAGACAACAUGGAUGGACCUACACGGUAUAAUGCUAAGUGAAAUAAGUCAGAGAAAGACAAUGUAUGAUUUCGCUUAUAUGUGUAAUCUAAAAAACAAAUGAUCAAACAUAACAAAAAAAAAGUUAUAGACACAGAGAACAAACAAGUGUUUCUCAAAAGGGAGGGGGGUAAAGGGAGGAAAGAAAUAGGGGCAAGAUUAAGUGGUAAAAACUUUCAGUUGCAAAAUAAAUGAAAUGUAUAGUGUGGGGAAUACAGUCAAUAUCUAUGUAAUAAUAUCUGUGUAUGGUGACAGACGUAACUAGAUUUAUCGUGGCGAUCAUUUUGAAAUGUAUAGAAAUACCAAAUCACUAUGUUGUGUAACAGGAACUAACCUAGUGUUGUAGGUCAAUUAUACUUCAAAAACAAACAAACAACUAGAAAAAGAGAUCAGAUUUGUGGUUACCAGAGGUGGAGGGUAGUGGGAGAGGGAAUUUGGAGGAAGGCAGUCAAAAGGUACAAAAUUUCAGUUACAAGAUAAAUAAGAACUUGGGAUGUAAUGUACAACACGAUAAAUAUAAUUAAUACUGCUGUAUGUUAUAUAUGAAAGUUAAGAGAGUAAACCCUAAACGUUCUCAUCAUAAGAAACACAAUUUUUUCCUUUUUCUUUAGUUUUGUAUCUAUGAGAUCUAAAUGUACUGUGAUAAUCAUUUCAUGAUGCAUGCAAGUCAAAUCAUUGUGCUGCACGCCUUAAACUUAUACAGUGCUCUGUGUCAAUUACAUCUCAAUAAAACUAAAAUCUUCUU